AUGAAUGUAGUGCAAUGUACAUUCAAUCCCAUAGUUUCAAUCCAAAAUUAUGUUUUACAGGACAAAACCAAGAGUCUGAAACAAAACAUUACAACAGAGUUUGCUAGACUUUAUCAGUUUCUUCAGGACAAGGAGCAGCAGCUGAUCCAACAGCUCAAUGAGGAAGCAAAGGGAAUUCUAGAAAAAAUGAAGAAAAGUCUUACUGAAAUUCAAAAAAUGGCACAAGCUAUUCAAAGGCAAAUAUCAGACAUCCAUUCAACACUGAGGCAGGAAGAUCCUCUGCAUUUUCUCUCAAGUCUCAAGAAUGAAACAGAGAGGAACAAGGAUAGUCAAAAAGUGAAAACUGACGAUGUAAAACUGAUUUCGGAUGAUCUGGUUCUGGGGGUGUACAAAGGUCCUCUACAGUACAAGGUCUGGAAGGAAAUGCUAAACAUCCUCAUCCCUGAUUUGUCUCACAUAAGUCUAGACCCUAGCACAGCCCACCCUAUGCUCAUUCUCUCUGAGGACAUGACCCGUGUAAGAAGAGGUGAUAAAUGGAAGAAACUCAAACUCCUCCCUGACAUUUCUGAGAGGUUUUUUGAAAAAGAAUGUGUGCUGGGAUCAGAGGGAUUCACAUCAGGAAGGCACUACUGGGAAGUGGGGGUGGAGAACAAGACUGCAUGGGAUAUAGGUGUUGCAAGAGAGUCGGCCAACAGGAAGAAAUUCAUCAUCCAAAAACCAGAGAAUGGCUACUGGGCUGUGCAGCUGCAGAAUAAUAUGUAUUUUACACUGGAAUCACCAAGGAAGAACCUUAUCCUGAGUGCGAAACCAAAGAGGAUUGGUGUGUACCUGGACUAUGAGGGGGGGCAGGUGUCAUUUUAUAAUGCUCGUAACAUGUCCCACAUCUACACCUUCUCUGACACCUUCACUGAGAGAAUCUACCCUUACUUCUGCCCUUGGUUUAAUGACGAGGAUCUAAAGAUGUUUCGUCUAAAACUGUAAUGCACUGUAGAGUACUGAGAUGGAAAUUGAUGCUUUUAUAAAUGUCUGUGUUAUAAAUACCACCAACUAUAUACAGAUUAAAAAUAACACUUUAUUGCAGGUUAUAUUUAACAACAACAUACAUGUACCAGAAAUUCCUCAAACAACAGUUUACAUAUAUGAAUGUUUAAUACCUGAUAUAAAGUGAGUUCUUGUUACAUACAUGUUAUCAUUGUUAAUUCCACUUGAGGUUAAACAAUAUUGCUAAAUUCCUCUCAGUGAGAAAUAGCUGCAUUACAUCCAAAAAAAAAUCAAAGAUGUGAGCUUGGAUACAACUACAGUUGUUUAAUAGUCAAAUGUCAGAAUAUUGGUGUGAUACACAUAAACAGAGGAAAAACUACAUCAGCAAUGAAUUUUCAGAAGAAAAUUGUUGUUUGAUAUUUUUUUCACUGGGCUGGAGAGAUUUAUUUUUCACAUUUUAAAGUGUCGUCCGUUAAAGAAAGUUUGAGGCAGGAAGGAAAGAAUG